AUGGGGAAGCUCCAGAAGAUAGGGAGAGUAUGGGAUUGUCUGUUCCUUCCAACAAAUCAGUGUUCAUGUUUUUGCCUAAACACACUAGAAAACGAUGAAGAAGAAGAGUUUGAGAAGAAACCACUUAUAGAUUCUUCGACAGAGAAAUCCGGGAAGGUCAUGAGAUUAAAAGAUGUUGUUUCUGCUGAUCAUCGCCAGACUCUUGCUUUUCAUCUUAAGCCUAAGGUAGUGGAGCUAAAGGUGUCUAUGCAUUGCUACGGAUGUGCGAAGAAAGUCGAGAAGCAUAUUUCUAAAUUAGACGGAGUGACAUGGUACAAAGUUGAGCUUGAAAGCAAGAAGGUAGUGGUGAAAGGGAACAUAAUGGCAGUAGAUGUGUUAGCGAGUAUUUGACAGAUAAUCAACUUCCAGAAAUCAUCAGUCACUUUUUCAAGAAAGACAUCACCGGAUGUCCGAGCCCGAGUUAAAUCUACCCUGGGAAUUGAGAAAGAAGGUGGACAAGGAAAGUACCUAGGAUUACCAGAGAGUUUUGGACGUCGGAAAAAAGACCUCUUCACAGCAAUAAUCGACCGGAUCCGUCAAAAAUCCAUCAACUUCUCCUCUCGAUUCCUCUCCAGUGCUGGGAAGAUGACUAUGAUAAAAUCAGUCCUAUCAGCGAUGCCCACCUACUCCAUGUCUUGCUUUAAACUUCCUGCAGGUUUAUGCAAGAGGAUCCAAUCAACCUUAACAAGAUACUGGUGGGAUACAAAACCAGGAAAGACAAAGAUGUGUUGGAUUGCUUGGGAAAAACUAGCUAAAUCCAAGAAAGAUGGAGGAUUGGGUUUCAGGGAAAUACAGAGUUUUAACGAUGCCUUACUUGCUAAGAUCAGCUGGAGGAUCCUCAACGAACCCCAAUCUCUCCUAGCCCGUGUCCUGAAAGGAAAGUACUGCCACUCCGAGGACUUCCUCACAGUCUCUGUGAAAUCUUCCACUUCUCACGGAUGGAGGGGAAUAUUGAUUGGAAGAGACCUCUUAAAUCUCAAACUGGGUAAAGCAGUGGGAAGUGGACAGACCACUUCCGUUUGGCAUGACCCGUGGCUGUCCUUGAAGCAUCCAUCCCGACCCUUAGGACCCCCAAACCUACAAGACAAGGAUAUGAAGGUCUCAGAACUCCUUAACGACCAACCCAGAAGCUGGAAUAAAGAAAAGAUAGAGAUCCUCUUACCCCACCACCUCAACAAGAUCCUCCUACUUCGACCAAGUACAAAAGGAGCAAAGGAUUCCUACAUCUGGAUUCCGACUAAAUCCGGUGAUUACUCGGUGAAAACGGGAUACCACUCUGCCCUGGAAACCAACGGAGACGCACUAACCCCUGCAUCACCACCAAUUAACUGGAACUCAGAUAUCAGCGGCCUACUAGAAAACGUCUGCUGCAUCCAUUGUGGUGAGCUAGAAAUAGUAGAACACCUCUUCCUCCACUGUGAGUUUGCAAAACAAGUUUGGUUGCAGGCUCCUUUCAAAACCGUCUUCAACCUCCGAACCCUGAUUGACUUUGCCACAACCCUCACAGUAUCCAAAGAGUGGAUUUGCCUCCCACCAACUGGCAUUGGAGCGGGACCUCUCUUCCCUUGGAUAGUCUGGUCAAUCUGGACCUCACGGAACCAACUCAUCUUCGAAGAACGAGUUUUUUCCCCGGAAGCAACGCUAACCAAAGCAAUUACGGAAGCAAAAGAAUGGCAACUCGCACAGGUGUUCAACCGCAAGCCUAACCUACCCACAAGCCACUCAGCCACACCUCAAAAUCCUCCAAUCACAAUGAUCUGUUUCACUGAUGGAUCGUGGAAGAAAGAAUCUCAAACCGGAGGAAUGGGUUGGAUCUUCAUAGAACCCGACGGCGAAGCACUCACCCAUGGACAAUCAUCCGAACGUUUUGUCACAUCGGCCUUAAUGGCGGAGGCUCUCGCUAUUCGAUCGGCUCUCAACGCAGCCUUGGAUUUGGGACUUACCACUAUCCAAAUCAAAUCAGACGCUUCGGAUCUCAUCCGAGCUAUAAAUGCGCAGGAGAAGAUUAAAGAGAUCUAUGGAUUACUCUUUGAUAUACACACUCUUGCUUCGAUGUUCCUCUCAAUCUCAUUCACAUGCAUCCCCAGAUCUGAGAACAACCGAGCCGAUUCCCUGGCAAAGAAUGCGAUCGCUUGUAUCCCGGUUUUUGUUUUAGCUUCUGUACCACUUGUAACCGGUUAA